UAAAAUUCCUUAUAAAUAUAAAACAAAAACAAAUUUUUUUGACAUUAUUUUACUUUUAUUCACCUCAAUUCCCAGCACAAUCCUCUCUAAUUAAGCAGGGUUUGACUGUCGAUAGCAGAAAUUCAAAAUGUAUUUUGAUGGAUAUGGAUAUCACGGGACAUCGUUUGAGCAGACGUACAGGUGUUACCCAGCUUCGUUUAUUGAAAAGCCUCAAAUUGAAGGUGGUGAUAAAAUCAUAAUGCCUCCCUCAGCGCUUGAUCGUCUCGCCUCUCUUCAUAUUGAUUAUCCGAUGUUGUUUGAGCUCCGGAAUGAUGCUGCUGAACGGGGCUCUCAUUGUGGGGUUCUAGAGUUUAUAGCAGAAGAAGGCAUGAUUUAUAUGCCAUACUGGAUGAUGGAGAACCUUCUUUUACAAGAAGGAGAUAUAGUGCGCGUGAAAAAUGUGACUCUUCCCAAGGGAACAUACGUUAAAUUACAACCUCACACAAAAGACUUUUUGGACAUUUCCAACCCAAAAGCUAUCCUGGAGACAACAUUAAGGAAUUAUUCCUGCUUAACCACUGGAGAUAGUAUCAUGGUUGCAUAUAACAACAAAAAAUACUACAUAGAUAUUAUUGAAACAAAGCCUUCACAUGCGAUAAGUAUCAUUGAGACAGAUUGUGAGGUGGACUUUGCACCUCCCCUGGAUUACAAAGAACCAGAAAGACCUUCGCCGUCUAUUCCUCAAAACAAGACAGCAUCUCAAGUUGAAGAGGUUCCUGAAGAUACUCAGCCGAAAUUCAAUCCAUUUACUGGAGUAGCAAGACGCUUAGAUGGUAGACCUUUGACCCAACAGCCUCUGCCAGCUUCUUCUUCAGAAGGCUCAAAAGACAAGCAAGCCGCUGCUCCAAACGGAAGGGGGCAACCUUCUGCCGGGUCUAGUUCACAGCAAACCGCACGUCAGUCUCAAGGAAAACUUGUGUUUGGUUCAAAUGUAAACCGUGCGUCCAAAGAAACACAGAAGGAAGCGGUAAAAGAUGCAAAACAAGAUCAAAAGGAAAAGAAAGAAGAAGAACCAAAAUUUCAGGCAUUCACGGGGAAAAAGUACUCGUUGAAAGGCUGAUUGUUUCAUCUAACAAUGGGCGGCUUAAACUUAUUUAUGAUCUGCCUGUCUUUACUGUAUCAGGUGAAAACAAUAGGAUUACAUGUUGGUCCUAUUUUGUAUUAAGUAGGUUCCGGUAUGAAGCAAGGAGUCAUGAUUGUCAAAGCUUCAUAGGUUAUGGAUUGUCUUUAGGUAUAUAAUACUCUAUAUUUAUUUUCAUUGAAUCUGGAAUUUGGUCUUA